CGGGCCCCCCCCGGCGAGACCCCCCCCAGGCCCCGCCAGCGCUGACAGGCCGCCAUGGGGGACGCCGGGGGGGGUUUCGGGCUGGCGCUGCCGGAGCUGCGGGCGCUCAUGGAGCUCCGGGGCUCCGAGGCGCUCCUGAGGCUGCAGCGGGACCUGGGGGGGGUCCCGGGGCUCUGCCGCCGCCUGCGCACCUCCCCCACCGACGGGCUGUCCGAGGGUCCCCCGGAGCUGGAGCGCCGCCGCCGGACGUUCGGCCGGAACUGGAUCCCCCCGCGGCGCCCCAAGAGCCUCGCGGCGCUGGUGUGGGAGGCCCUGCAGGACGUCACCCUCGUCAUCCUCGAGGUGGCCGCGCUCGUGUCCCUCGGGCUGUCCUUCUACGCCCCCCCUGGCGCCGCCGAUGAAGCGUGCGGGCAGGCGUCGGGGGGCGCGGAGGACGCCGAGGGCGAGGCGGAGGCCGGCUGGAUCGAGGGCGCGGCCAUCCUGCUCUCAGUGGCCUGCGUGGUGCUGGUGACGGCGUCCAACGACUGGAGCAAGGAGCGCCAGUUCCGCGGCCUGCAGAGCCGCCUGGAGCGCGAGCAGCGCGUGGCCGUCCUGCGCGGGGGACACCUGGCACAGGUGCCCGUGGCCGACCUGGUGGUGGGGGACGUCGUGCAGGUCAAGUACGGUGACCUCCUGCCGGCCGACGGGGUCCUGAUCCAGGGCAACGACCUCAAGAUCGACGAGAGCGCCCUGACCGGCGAGAGCGACCACGUGCGCAAGUCCCUGGACAAGGACCCGCUGCUGCUCUCGGGCACCCACGUCAUGGAGGGCUCGGGCAGGAUGGUGGUGACGGCCGUGGGGGUGAACUCGCAGAGCGGCAUCAUCUUCACCCUGCUGGGCGCCGCGGGGGACGACGAGGACGACGGCAGGGACAAGAAAGGGAAGCCCCAGGAUGGCGCCAUGGACACCCCACAACCCAAAGGCAAGCGGCAGGACGGGGCGGUGGCCAUGGAGAUGCAGCCGCUGAAGAGCGCCGAGGGAGGGGACACGGCCGACGGGCCGGGGACACGGCCCCGAGGUGGCACCAAGAAGGAGAAGUCCGUGCUCCAGGCCAAGCUGACCCAGCUGGCCGUGCAGAUCGGGAAGGCAGGCCUGGCCAUGUCGGCCAUCACCGUCAUCAUCCUCGUGCUCUACUUCGUCAUCGAGACCUUCGUGGUGCAGGGCCGGCCCUGGCUGGCCGAGUGCGCCCCGGUCUACGUCCAGUACUGGGUCAAGUUCUUCAUCAUCGGCGUCACCGUGCUGGUGGUGGCCGUGCCCGAGGGGCUCCCGCUGGCCGUCACCAUCUCGCUGGCCUACUCCGUCAAGAAAAUGAUGAAGGACAACAACCUGGUGCGGCACCUGGACGCGUGCGAGACCAUGGGCAACGCCACGGCCAUCUGCUCGGACAAGACGGGCACGCUGACCACCAACCGCAUGACGGUGGUGCAGGCCUUCGUGGGGGGGUCCCACUUCAGCCGCCCCCCGGCCCCCGCCGCCCUGGCGCCCCCCACGCUGGACCUGCUGGCCCAGGCCAUCGCCAUCAACAGCGCCUACACCAGCAAGAUCCUGCCCCCCGAAGCGCCCGGGGCCCUCCCUCGCCACGUGGGCAACAAGACCGAGUGUGCCCUGCUGGGGCUGGCGCUGGGGCUGGGCCGCGACCCCGAGGCCGAGCGGGCGCAGGUGCCCGAGGAGCACCUGGUCAAGGUGUUCACCUUCAACUCGGAGCGCAAAUCCAUGAGCACCGUGACCCGCCGGCCCGGGGGGGGCUACAGGCUGCUCUGCAAGGGCGCCUCCGAGAUGGUGCUGCGCAGGUGCACCUCGAUGCUGGACGCGGGGGGCGCCCCGCGGGCGCUGGGGGGGCCGGAGCGGGAGGAGCUGGUGCGGCGCGUGGUGGAGCCGAUGGCGGCGGGGGGGCUGCGGACCCUCGCCCUCGCCUUCCGCGACUUCCCCGCCCGGCCCGAGCCGCCCUGGGACGACGAGGCCGCCGUGGUCGGGGAGCUCACCUGCAUCGCCAUCGUGGGCAUCGAGGACCCCGUGCGGCCCGAGGUGCCCGAGGCCAUCCGGAAGUGCCAGCGCGCGGGGAUCACGGUGCGGAUGGUGACAGGCGACAACCUGGACACGGCGCGCGCCAUCGCGGCCAAGUGCGGGAUCCUCCCCGCGGGCGGCGGCGGCGACUGGCUGUGCCUGGAGGGGAAGGACUUCAACCGGCGCAUCCGCAACGACCGCGGCGAGGUGGAGCAGGAGCGCCUGGACAAGGUGUGGCCCAAGCUGAGGGUCCUGGCUCGGUCAUCGCCCACCGACAAACACACCCUGGUGAAAGGGAUCAUCGACAGCACCAUCGGGGACCAGCGCCAGGUCGUGGCUGUCACCGGCGAUGGCACCAACGACGGCCCCGCCCUCAAAAAGGCCGAUGUGGGGUUCGCCAUGGGCAUCGCGGGCACGGAUGUGGCCAAGGAGGCCUCGGACAUCAUCCUGACCGACGACAACUUCUCGAGCAUCGUCAAGGCCGUCAUGUGGGGCCGCAACGUCUACGACAGCAUCGCCAAGUUCCUGCAGUUCCAGCUCACCGUCAACGUGGUGGCCGUCAUCGUGGCCUUCACCGGCGCCUGCAUCACCCAGGACUCUCCGCUGAAGGCGGUGCAGAUGCUGUGGGUGAACCUGAUCAUGGACACCUUGGCCUCGCUGGCGCUGGCCACGGAGCCGCCCACGGAGGCGCUGCUGCUGCGCCGGCCCUACGGCCGCGACCACCCGCUGGUGUCCGGCACCAUGCUGCGCAACAUCCUGGGCCACGCCGCCUACCAGCUGCUGGUCAUCUUCACCCUGCUCUUCGCCGGGGAGGUGCUGUUUGACAUCGACGCACGCGCCACCCUCAGAGCAGCGCUCCCCAUCAGUCUUCCACACCGUCGUGCUGAUGCAGCUCCAUGUCCCCACCCGAGCAGUUCUCCAUCAUCUUCACACGUUCGUGGGGAGCUCGUCUGGGGACAGGUGCUGGUGUGUGUCCCGGGGGGGCCGCAGUGCCCCGGCCCCUCGGGCGGUCAGUGGCCGGAGGGCUCCGGCCACGCUGACCAGGCCGAGCUGGACGCGGCCGAGCUGCGCCGGGGGAAGGUUCUGUGGGUCAGGGGCUUGAGCCGCAUCCAGACCCAGAUGCGGGUGGUCCGCGCCUUCCGCAGCAAUUUGGGGGGGGGUCCCCCUCCCCUGCCGCGGCCGGAGCCCCCCCUGGGGCUCAUCGUGGGCGGGGGGGGCCCUUUCGGGGUGCCCCCCCACGCCGAGCUGAUUUUCGGGGACACCCGCGACAUCCCCCUGAUCGACGACACCGACGCCGAGAGCGAGGCCCCGCCCAUCCGCGCCCCCCCCCCAAAUCGCAACAACAACCACAGAGCCCCCCCCCCGCCCCGAGCCCCCCCCGGGCCCUUCUGCCCCCCCCCCGGGCGCCUGCACAGCCUGGAGACCUCGCUCUGA